AUGACAACCAUUCUCGAUCUUCCGGACGAGAUUCGUCUGCUCAUUGGAAAAGAGCUCCCCAAAAAGUCAAUCUACACCCUCAUCCGCGUCUGCCGCUCCUUCUACUCUUCUUUUAUCCCCUGUAUCUGGUCAGACCUGAGCCUCACAAACCUCAACAAGAGCACCGUCAUCACCGCAGACCAAGUCCGGCUCAACGCCCACCGCAUUGAGACUAUUUCCUUCCCGACCACCCUGUCAAAGGACUAUUAUGCCAUCACCUACCCUUGCCUGCAUACGCUGUGGAUGCUGGCCUUUUACCUGGACGGGAGCGACGACGAUCAUUUACAGGUCCAGCUGCAAGAAAAAAUCGACUUUCUGAGGCGGCAUCCGUUUCUCAGGAAGUUGAACUAUCAGCAAAAAGAUACAUUGUCGAUGGAGUUUUGGGAGGUUGUUGCAACUGAGUUGGCGCAGCUGGAGGAUUUAAUGUUUAUGGGAGUUGUUGAACAGGAUGCGGUGGAUGCGUUUUGGAGAACCUGUGAGCGGGUACAGAAUUUGCACCUGAUGGACGUGACCUUCCAUCCGGCGAGCAUGCCCAUUUUGUCCACUCGUUCCUUUCGGCGACUUAGGGACUUAACGAUCAACAAGUACUCCUGGGAAGAGAGCCUACCUCGACGAAUGUGGCCUGUGCACUUGCUGGAGCGAGCCAAGGAGUCGGAGAAUCUGAAGAGGUUGGAAUGGAGUGUGAGGGAUAUUGACUUUCCGGUCCAGUUGGUCUUGGAUGCGUUCGAGAAGAACUGUUGGCGAGAAUUGUGUGAGCUCAGUAUUGGAGGUGUGGCCUGCUCUGAUCAGGAUGUGGCGAUGGUGCUCAGGAGUUUGACAUCGAGGCGGUUGACGGAUUUUGAGCUCUCGAGCGGGAGAUUUGGGCCGCUGAUAUAUAGCUGUCUGAAAGAGAUGUAUUUUGGGCACCUGAGGGAUUUGAGGCUGGGACAGGCUCCAGGGGUGACCAGUGGUAUGGUCCAGGAGAUUAUGACAGAAUGUGUGCACCUUGUCAACCUGGAGGCGCCCUACAUCUUCGUGCGGAGCAUUGCUACGGCUUCGAAGAGCUGGGGCUGUUUGAAGCUUGAAAAGUUGGUUGUGUAUAUUGCGAGCCAGGCGGGUGAUGAAGCUGACUGGGACGGACGAGCGUUUGAGCAGAUUGCGAGGUUGAAGAGGGUGAGGACUCUGGGUCUGCAAGGGGAUCCGGAUGGGCUUUCGUUUGUUGAUGAUGAAGAUAGCCGGUCGCAGGACAUUAUGUACAUGCAGACAUUGGACUUGCGACUCCCCAGCAGUAGGACGAUGUUGGAAUCUUGCAACAAUGGCGGUAGCGGCGAUAUCAGAGGGUGGUCCAGUCUGCUGCAACUGAGAGAGUUCUCGUUUGAUGGCGACCGACAGUGGAUGGGUGUUGACGAGUUGGAGUGGAUGACUGAGCAUUGGAAGGAUCUGACGUGUAUCAGUGGCAACUUUCGGGCCGCUGUUGGGAUCGCAAGUAGUGACAGGUUGAAGCAAUUGUUGAAUCAACAUGGUAUAAGGCAUUAUGAGGAUGUUUGA